AUGAUCACUACGCGACCAGCGAACGUCCGAAACAAACAUCAGCGUGUUUUGAGAACUCUUGGACAGUCUGCGAAGGUUAGAAAGGUGCAAGAGAAGGCUAUCGAGAAGGAGGGCGUAGAGAACGGCGUCUGAGAUGACGCGGUGAUCCCUUAAAGGCGUUUUUGAACCGAUGGCUAUUUCUCCUUGCAAGAAACGUCAACAUGUUUUUACUAUGGUCUCCUAUAAAAGGAUAUCGCCAGGAAAGUUCAAUCAGUUCUCUCACCUUUUCUCAUUUGAUCGUCUUCUUUUCUACCGAUCAGAUUAUGAAAAAUACAAAUCCAUGUUUUCAGAUGAAGGCGAUCUGUCUUCUCCUUCUCGUUGUCCUCGUCCAUGAGUCUUACCAGCAACGUAAGAAAAGAAAAUUGAAAUCUUUUCUAAAAUAUCAUUUUCAGUCAAUCGACAGCUAGUACUACAACGGCUCAGCCUUGCUGGAAACCUUCGGAACAACCUCCGAGGAAAGCGUGAUGCUGAGAAACCGCGCCAAGAGAGAACUAUCGGACUCGCUCCAGUAGUUGCUUCUCCAGCUGUUGGAUAUCAACCAGCUGUUAUCGGAAGAAAGAAGAGGGAAGCUGAGCAACUGGCGAAGGUUGAGCAGAAGACUGAGACAACUCAAGUUCGUCAUGAGAGAACUAUCGGUCUUGCCCCAGUGGUUGCUGCACCAGCGGUUGGCUACCAACCAGCCGUCAUCGGACGUAAGAAGAGAGAAGCCGAGGUUCAGCACGUAGAGAAGACUAUGCACACUGAAGUUCAACGACCUGAACGUCAGGUUGGCGCUAACCUAGGAGUCGGACUCAGCGCUGGACGCAAGAGACGAGAUACCGAGGUUCAACAGAAGUCUGAGAAGACAGCGAUCCGUCAGGAAAGAACCAUCGGACUUGCUCCAGUCGUUGCAACUCCAGCUGUCGGUUACCAACCUGCCGUUAUCGGCCGCAAGAGGCGAGAAGCCGAGGUCCAGACAAAGUUUGAACAGAAGACAGAGCAGACUCACAUUCGCCCCGAACGAACAAUCGGACUUGCUCCAGUUGUGGCUGCUCCAGCUGUCGGUUACCAACCUGCUGUGAUAGGCCGCAAGAAGAGAGAUGCUGAGGUCCAUACACAAGUUGAGCAGAAGACGGAGCAAACUCACGUUCGACCUGAACGAACCAUCGGUCUUGCUCCAGUCGUUGCAACUCCAGCUGUCGGUUACCAACCUGCCGUUAUCGGCCGCAAGAGGCGAGAAGCCGAGGUCCAGACAAAGUUUGAACAGAAGACAGAGCAGACUCACAUUCGCCCCGAACGAACAAUCGGACUUGCUCCAGUUGUUGCAACUCCAGCUGUCGGUUACCAACCUGCUGUGAUAGGCCGCAAGAAGAGAGAUGCUGAGGUCCAUACACAAGUUGAGCAGAAGACGGAGCAAACUCACGUUCGACCCGAACGAACCAUCGGUCUUGCUCCAGUUGUUGCAACUCCAGCUGUCGGUUACCAACCAGCCGUUAUCGGCCGCAAGAGGCGAGAUGCUGAGGUCCAGACAAAGGUUGAGGAGAAGACGGAGCAGACUCACGUUCGCCCCGAACGAACCAUCGGCCUCGCUCCAGUUGUGGCCGCUCCCGCAGUUGGAUACCAACCUGCCGUCAUAGGACGCAAGAAGAGAGAAGCCGAGAUCCAGCACGUCGAGAAGACUAUGCAUACUGAGGUAAAACGACCUGAACGUCAAGUCAAUGCCAACCUGGGAGUCGGACUCAGCGCUGGACGCAAGAGACGUGAUGCCGAAGUCCAGCAGAAGUCUGAGAGGACUGAGAUCCGUCAGGAAAGAACCAUCGGACUCGCUCCAGUUGUGGCUGCUCCAGCUGUCGGUUACCAGCCUGCCGUUAUUGGCCGCAAGAAGAGAGAAGCUGAGGUUCAGACAAAAGUUGAGGAGAAGACGGAGCAGACUCACGUUCGCCCCGAACGGACCAUCGGCCUUGCUCCAGUUGUGGCUGCUCCAGCCGUCGGUUACCAGCCUACCGUUGUUGGCCGCAAGAAGAGAGAAGCCGAAGUUCAGCACGUCGAAAAGACUAUGCACACGGAAGUUCAACGACAGGAACGUCAAGUUGGCGCCAACCUAGGAGUUGGACUCAGCGCUGGACGCAAGCGACGAGAAGCUGAAUCUGUCGUCCACACCGAAGUGAAGAAUGAAAAGACUGUCGUUCAUCCCGAGCCGAUUGUGACCGAAACGAAGACGGUGACCAACCUCGGCAGCCGCGCCCUCCGAUCUGUCCACAACGGAGAACUCGUUCAACUCUCCACCAUCGAGGAACAUCAUCCACAUCAUUAA